CGGCGACUCGGCUCGACUCGACUCGGAGCGGCGGCACCUCUCGCUUUCACUCGCCGCGUGGUUGUGCGAAGAGGAGGCUAUCACGCCGCGUCCGCGACGUGUCUCAGUAUCCGUCGGAGAGUUGUUGGAGAUACGCGUUUGGGUUCCUUGAUGUCAUUCAUGCGGCACACCGCGUCGGAUCGACGUAACGUCUGAAAGAAAAAGAAAGAGAGAGAGAGAAAGAGCUUUUGAGAAAGCAAAUUUGUUUCGUCGAAUAAAAAAUCAUAUAUCUCAUAAAUUUCGUGGUUGCCGCGUCGAAAAGGGGAGAGCGAUAGGGGAUCGCGGCGUGCGCGCGGCUAAGAGGCACACGAUCACAAGGAGUCGCGGGAGAUCGUGAGAGCGAAGACAAAGGGGAAGAAGAAGAAGAAGGAGAGGAAGAAACGUCGUCGGAAGGGUGACAGAAAUGGUGACAGUCGGCUGGCUCGGGAGCAGCUUGGUACUGCUGUGUACACUGGUGAUCGUGGUGCCGGCGAUAACGUUGACAGACAGCCAGCUCGAUAUUUUACAUUACAUCUACGGGAUCGAUUAUGAUUUGCAGGCGAGAGCACGUUCGGCCAUUGAGGCGGAGAGAUUCGCCUAUCAAUCGCGACAAAACAGGAUACAGUCAGCGAGUACGUUCUGUAGAGUCCGAUCGGAGAAGCCAUGUCCGCCCACCAAGUACAGAACACCCUCCGGUGCUUGCAACAACGUGAGGCACCCUGCUUGGGGUGCGAGGGGUUCUCCAUUCUUAAAAUUGCUGGCUCCGAUAUAUUCGGAUGGCAUCUCGAGACCGCGUCAGUCGGUGAACACUCACAGUCUGCCCACGUCGACCGACGUCGUCUCCAGCGUUCUAAUAUCCCCCUCAUCCUUCUCCGCGCCGGAGGUAGGUGCUCACGAGGGUCUGACCAGUCUCUCCGCGGUCUGGUCGGAGAUGGUGCUGCAGGACAUCGCCGCCACGGUGCACUCCACGGGGCCCGCGGAUCAGUGUUGCUCGAGUGAACGACGGCAUCCGGAGUGUUAUGAGAUGCGCGAUGAGAGGUCCGAUUGCAAGCGUUACUGGCGCUCGAUGCCGAGUCUGACGGUGCACGGCUGCCAGUUCGAGGGGAGAGAGCAGAUGAACGGCGUGUCUGCGUACCUGGACGGCUCGGCGAUCUACGGCGCCACCGACGAGGAUCUCCACCUGCUGAGGUCCUACGAGGACGGCCUGGUCGAGGUGAACGUCUGCGUGCCGUACAAGCGCAACGAGACGGAGUGUCUGCUGCAGCGGGUGCUGCUGCGCGAGCACAACCGCGUGGCAAGGAAGCUGGCGCAGGCGAACGUGCACUGGGACGACGCGAAGCUGUUCCUGGAGGCGCGCCGCAUCGUCGUCGCGCAGCUGCAGCACGUCACCCUGAACGAGUACGUGCCGGCGAUACUGAGGGAAACCGCGCUGGUCGACUCCGAGUUGAGAUCGCUCGCGAACAGCUUCUACGCCGGCUACUCGUCGUCGAACCGCGCGGGGACGUACGAUGCCGUGGCACUCACGGCUCUGCGUGCUCUCGCGUGGACGAUAGGUCUUCAGAAGGGCAGUGUCGAGGAACACGUGACUAAGUCGGCCCUUCGUGUCAGUCUCACAAACGCGCCGGAAGCUGCCGCUUGGUCCGUACACGAGGCGCGGGAUCACGGUGUGCCUGGAUACGUUCGGUUCCUGAGUGACUGCAUGGGAGGAAACGUUAAGAUUGGGAACUUUACGGAUCUGACGCGAGUGAUGCGACCCGAACGCGCGCAGCUAUUAAGCACGAUUUAUGCGCACCCGGAGGACAUAGACUUGCUCGUGGGAGGAAUUCUGGAGAGCCCGAUCACGGGUGCUGCGGUCGGCCCAACAUUCGAGUGCCUUCUCAAGAAGCAGUUCGUGACGAUGAGGAAUUCCGAUCGCUUCUGGUACGAGAACGAUAUUCCACCGUCGGGAUUGACGCCGACACAGCUGGCCGAGGUCAGAAAAGUGUCACUUGCCGCGAUCCUCUGCGCCAACACAAACAUCCGCAAGAUCCAGCCGAGGGUAUUCAUCCGGCAGGAUCCGUAUCUGAACAGCAAGAUCAAUUGCGAGCAGUACGAACCGCUGGAUGUCGCGGAGUGGACCGAGGAACCGUUACCGCUUCCUGCGGUAAUGCGGCAUGAGUUUGUCGUAAACGACACGAGCGCGGAAGAAACACGGCAAUUCAUGCCGGAAAUCAGCUCAGACUUGCUCGCUGCCGCGGUGAAGCGGGCGGAGGAGGAACUGCUCGAGCGUAAGCAACUGGAGUACAAUGCCUGGCUGGAGCAGAGGAUUGCCGACCCGAGAUCAGCCGCUGGCACCGCGGCUAGCUUCUCCAAAGCCAACCGAGACGCCCUGCUGCUCGCCAACUCGUCUAUCAUGUACGAGCUCGCCACGAACGAGAUCUUGAAUGGCAUGCACGGCCUGCGACGUAGGAAGCGACAGAUUUUUGACAGCACGGAGAACGUGCUGGGCGGUUUCCCCAAUUCGAACGACUUCUCCGACCUGCUGCAGAACGUCGAUAUAUCCGGCUUUCUGCAUAAUCACAAGCCGACAAAUCACGAGGAAGUACAGUGCCCGGUAGACGACAGCCCGUGCGAUCCCACUACGCCUUACCGCACCUUAUCAGGACACUGCAACAACCUGCGCAAUCCUCCUCUUGGCAAGUCGCUGACGACCUUCGCUCGGCUGCUACCGCCCGCGUACGAGGACGGUGUCUCGAAGCCAAGGGCCAUGUCCGUGACGGGAGUGCCGUUGCCAAACCCGCGAGUCAUCUCCACCGUCAUUCAUCCCGACAUCUCGAAUCUGCACAACCGCUACACGCUGAUGGUGAUGCAGUUCGCGCAGUUCUUGGACCACGACAUGACGAUGACGCCGAUUCACAAGGGUUUCCAGGAGUCGAUCCCUAGCUGUCGAUCGUGCGACUCGCCGCGCACCGUUCAUCCCGAAUGCAAUCCUUUCCCGGUACCACCAGGCGAUCACUACUACCCUACGGUGAAUGUCUCGUCGGGCGCCCGCAUGUGCUUCCCGUCGAUGCGAUCGCUGCCGGGUCAGCAGCAGUUGGGUCCGCGCGAACAGGUGAACCAGAACACUGGCUUCCUAGACGCGUCAGUCGUCUACGGGGAGAACUCGUGCAUCUGCAACAUCUUGCGCGGCUUUAACGGCCGCAUGAAUGUCACGUCGAAUUCGAGACGCGGUAGAGACCUACUGCCGCAAUCGUCCACGCAUCCGGAGUGCAAGGCUCGCUCGGGAUUCUGCUUCAUCGGCGGCGACGGCCGUGCCUCCGAGCAACCGGCCCUCGCGAUCAUGCACACGAUGUGGAUACGCGAGCACAACCGCGCGAUGGAGGCAUUGCGACAAAUAAAUCUCCACUGGGACGGCGAGAAGUUGUUCCAGGAGGCGCGACGCAUCAUCAGCGGUAUGCUGCAGCACAUCACGUACAACGAGUUCCUGCCAAGGAUUCUCGGUUGGAACGCCGUCAGUCUGUACGGUCUGAAAUUGCUACCGCAGGGUUACUACAAGGAAUACUCGCCCACCUGCAACCCCAGCGUGCUAAAUGAGUUCGCUACUGCGGCCUUCCGGAUCGGCCACUCGCUGUUACGGCCGCACUUGCCGCGCAUGGAUCGCAACUAUCAGAAUAUCGAUCCACCCAUCCUGCUGCGCGACGGAUUCUUCAACCCGGAUAUGCUCUAUCAAGAGAACAUGAUUGACGAGAUGAUCCGUGGUCUCGUGGCCACGCCGAUGGAGACUCUAGAUCAGUUCAUCACCGGCGAGGUGACCAAUCAUCUGUUCGAGCAGCGCGGCAUACCACAUUCCGGAGUGGAUCUGAUAGCGCUGAACAUUCACCGUGCCCGCGAUCACGGACUGCCGUCGUAUAAUCACUAUAGAGCGCUCUGCAAUCUGAAGCGGGCUACCACAUUCGAGGACUUGUCCAGGGAGAUGGCACCCGAAGUGAUAGCCCGCAUGAAGCGCAUAUACGCGUCGGUGGACGACAUCGAUCUAUUCCCGGGCGGCAUGAGCGAGAGACCGCUUCAGGGUGGCUUGGUUGGACCCACGUUCGCCUGCAUCAUCGCUAUUCAGUUCAGACAGUCGAGGAAGUGCGACCGUUUCUGGUACGAAACCGACGAUCCGAACAUUCGUUUCACCGAGCAUCAGAUGGCGGAGAUCCGCAAGACCACGCUGGCCAAGGUGAUGUGCGAGAACAUGGAUUCGCAUACCGACAUGCAACGAGCGGUGCUUGAUCUACCUAGUAAUUUCCUGAAUCCACGCGUACCCUGUAAUUCCAUGCCGCACAUAGAUUUCUCCGCUUGGCGAGAAACCCGACACGGCUGCCAGAUUGGCGGCAGAAACGUCGCCGUCGGCGAGUCGGGCUUUCCUACGCCGUGCACCAGCUGCGUCUGUACCGCUGAGGGCACGCAAUGCGCCUCGCUGAGAGUCACGGACUGCAAUCAACUUCUGCGUGAAGCUUCCCGAGAAGCGAUCCUGCGAGAUGACGUGUGCACCGCCCAAUGCGGUUUCGUUCUCGCGGCGACGGAAACCACCGCGAGGUUACAACAGUUCACCACGCCAACCAGUCCGGGUUUCCCCGGUUUUCCGGCGCACACGAACAGCUUGAGAAGUUCGCCGAUGCCGGCCUCAUUUAACGGCUUCAAGCUGCCCGAUCUCUCGCAAUUUAUCGGUUAAAUCGGGGGAAAAUAACGCGAAGACUUGAAACCUCGUAACACUCGUUGCUUACUGAUUAUCAUAUUGUAUCGCAGGGAAGACACUGCCUUUAUUUCGAGAGACUGUACGACAAACGCGAUCCCAAAAUUUCACAACUAAUUGGUCGUGCUCAAUCCUAUGAAGGAAAACCUGAAAUAUGACGGAGAACUAGAGAGAGAGAAAGAGAGAGAGAGAGAGCACGUUUUGAACACGUAACACGUGACGCGAGGGACAGUUAUCG